AUGCAGAACAUCCCAAUUAGGAUUGCUGUGUUAAUUCAUUUACUCUGCAUGCCCAGCAAGGGUGGAACAAAGAAAGGAGUUAAAUGUGGCGGUAUUCUUUCUGCACCUAACGGCAAUGUCACCAGUCCCAACUUCCCCGGGAUGUACCCCUUUGAUACAGAGUGCUCAUGGCUCAUUGUGGUGUCCGAGGGGUCAUCAGUGCUGCUCACAUUUCAGCAUUUCGACUUGGAGUAUCAUGAUAGCUGUGAAUAUGAUUACAUAAAGAUUUACAACGGCGUCUCCGAGGACGAAGGCAAUCUCCUGGGCAAGUUCUGUGGCAAGAACACUCCUCCUCCGUUCACCUCCUCCUGGCACGUCAUGGCCAUCGUCUUCCACUCCGACAGGCAUGUGGCUAGCAAGGGAUUUGCAGUCACUUACAGAAAAGAUGUGUGCGGUGGGGUUUUAACUGGUCUGUCCGGGAUUAUAUCCAGCCCUGACUACCCUGAUAAUUACCCCAACAAUGCAGAGUGCUACUGGACAGUCCAAGUCUCCGAUCACACCGUGGUCAGCCUGGUUUUCCUUGACUUUCAGCUAGAGAACAACGAGGAGUGUAACUUUGACUACGUGGCUACAUUCGACGGGUCUGCUAUGACAGACAAACACCUGGGCAAUUACUGUGGUGGUAACAGACCUCCAGAUAUCAUUUCCAGCACCAACCAGUUGCUGGUAGUGUUUAAAUCGGACUUCAACAUUGGAGGCAGGGGCUUUAAAGCUUAUUAUUUUUCAGGUGAAUGUCAACAGGUGUUUACAGCCCUUACAGGUAAUUUUACGAGCCCCCAGUAUCCUAACGUCUACCCCAACAAUAUGAACUGCCACUGGACAAUCAGCUUAGCCACAGGAUACAGGAUCAAGCUGUUUUUCUCUGACAUGGCUUUGGAGGACAGGAACAGCCUGACCGACGCCUGUGACUAUGAUUCUGUGGCUGUUUAUGAUGGGAGCAGUGACUCGGAUCCCUUGCUGGGGAGGUGGUGUGGGGGUGAGCUGUCUCCCCCUCUUCUCUCCAGAGCCAACAAGCUCCUCAUCGUCCUGAGCACCGACCGUGACUCUGCAAACAAGGGCUUCUCUGUCACCUACACGGGAGUGGUUCCAAUGAAUGUCAGCUGUAGCAGAACUGACUUCCAGAUCCAGAUCGCACAGCAGGUCCUUCCCAAGCUGGAUCGCCACAGUGUUUACCUGGGGAACCCCUCCUGUGCAGCCCUGACUGUUGCCUCCACUUACAAGAUAAUGGCCAGGUUUGACUCCUGUGACACAGCAUCUCAGAAAAGAAGAAACACCACAGUGAUAGUGAACACCCUCUACAUUGACUUCUCUGAGGGACACCAGGAGAACAGGCAGCAGUAUGAAGUCCUGUGCGACCCCAAACGGAAGGAAGCCUCUGUGAAUAUCAUCUCGGGGGGUGACCCCAAAAGGCUGAACCAGCAGGCUGAGAACCUGGUGGAAACACAGCCAGUGGAAACAGACACCUCUGAUUCAGAUAGCUUGAAAAAACAUGACACCAGCGACAUUGUCUUUAUCAGUAUCUGUGUUCUAGCUGGCAUCCUAAUGCUGAUAGCUAUCAUAGGCUUGGUACUGCUUUAAUAAGUAGCCACCAAAGUUAGCCUUUAUUUUAAAGUGUUGCUAACAAACUUUUUAAAGGAACUCAUGAAGAUAUAAAUAGAGCCUCAGAAGUAUACCGAGCAGAACUGUUGAUCUUUUUGACAAGUGUAAAUGAUAUACAGUGACAUUUGUUAUUUCAUAAUGUGUGGAAAUGUCUUGUCAUAAAUAAUAGCUGAAUUUGGGUUUAAACCCCUUUUAUUUACACAUUAUUAUAGUUUAAUUUCAAUAAGCGAACUCUAAAAAAAAAAGCACCAGUAUAUCAUUUAGAUUUGUUGUGGAAACUAUUUUCUGUAGCCUGGUUUGAGCAAAAUGUACGUAUGUACAGUACAGUGCAAAUAAUUCCUUCAGUUAGUCCGCAUUUAAGUACAGAAAUAUACACCUGCUUGUCUAUUCAUGAAUGCAAGAUGUUUGAAAUAA